AUGAAGUCUCGUGUGCCUGAGGUCAGUCCGGUCAUUCUAGAGUACAAGAAGCUUCCUUAUGCGGGUCCGAGGGAACUCACACCUGCUAUGAUUCGCUCCAUAGAGGAAGCAGACAGGCCAGCAAAGAGGGGAAAGAAACAAGAAAAACAAAAGGAAGUGAGGGUUAUCAAAGCAGCUAAGGGGAAAACUCCACGGAAGCGAAAGUCUGACAAGGCGUCUCCUUCCCAGCCUAAGCAGAAAAAAACCAAAAAGCCAGCCCAGAGGCUUAUCCUUCAAUCUUCCAGUGAUUCGGAUUCUGAGUAUCUUCCUACAGGUAACAAACAACCUACUCCUACCGCAUCUGAGAGCGGAAGCUCUGAUGAGGAGGUUUCGGUUCGUGGUGAUACUCCACCUAGGUCACCCACACCCGAGGUACCCGUUCGCUCCCCAGUACCUUCUUCUCCACUUGCUUCCAUUCCUAUUUCCUUACCAACAACCUUCCCAGUUAUCACAUCCCAACCCACCUCUACCAUUCCCAUUCCCACUCCUCUAUUUUCUGAAGCCACAACAACAACUACCACUGGAGUUGAAACCAACGUAACUGAUACGGGGGUACGAUCUUCAGUCCCUGAAUCAACCAAACCACUAUCUCCCACACCUUCAACCGAAACCAAUACUGUCCUUGGUGGUGAAGACGUGGAAUUUGAUUCUUUCUACUACAGCCCCUACCGAGUUCAGAGUGAUGAAGAUGAUGAUGCUCCUAUUACCAAAAAGCACAUCAAGGAGCUAAAUGCCAAGCUUGGCACUCUCAUGGCCUCUUCCUCCUCUCACCAACCCUAUUCAAUGCUUGACUCCUUUGUCAAGGCUCAUGAUGCUUCCAUUUCUAAUGCCACAGCAGCUAUUACCGCUUCAACCAAAGUUUGUACAGAUGCGACUGAAAAAGUCGAUAAACUAAUCCAAUACGCUAAUAUCUUUCUUGAAUCCUUACAGGGAGCAACUGAGUUGAACGCUUCUAAAGUGACCAGCUCAAUUACCAAACUCGAAGAAGCUUUUGCUGCUGAGAAGCAAAACUUUGCCACUCUUCGCCAGGAUAUUCAAAAGGAUAAUGUUGCCCUUUUGUCCUCUCUCAAUGAACGUUUCACUAAGCUUCAAGAUGAUCUAGCCAUGGAAAACUCUCUCUUGGAUGAACUUGCUCUCAAGACUACUCAGCUAAAAACUAAGAAUCUCCAACUUUCUCAGGCGAACCACGAGGUCAAUCAACUUCGCUCUGAAAGGGAUGUCGUCAAAAGCUGUGUCUCAGACGUACACGCCAUUUUAUCGAACGUCCUGGAGACUCACGACCCUAUCCUGACAAUCUCAGUUCGACGCCAUCUUGCUGACAAAUUCCGUCCUUCCCUUGGGAUGUUGAGUCGCAUUGAAGGUGUUUCAGAGACUAUGGUACCUCCGAAACAAGGGGGAGAAGGACUAACAUCUUCGUCUCAACCUCCUCCCACUUCCCAGCCAGAACAACAGAAGACUGAGCAUGCUUCAGGUUCGGGUUUUAAGGCUAAAGGCAAGGGUACUGUGGAUGACAGUGAUGAGGAAGAGGAGACAAUCACUGAAGCCUGA